GAGAAAUCGUACGUCAUUCAGGCAAUCCGGUUUACAUCACUGUCGCCGCCAAAUAUUUCCCGCGAUUGCCCCUCGUCAAUUGAUUGCAACUCAAUUGCAACCGCUGUCCAUUCCGCACCUCAACGACUCGCCAUGGCGCCCACCACCAGAAAAAUCGUCUGCUUCUCAGACUUCGAUGGGACUAUUUUCAUGCAGGACACAGGCCAUAUACUUUUCGAUAAUAUAGGCUGUGGCGAGAAGCGCCGCCAAGAGCUCGACCAACAGCUCAAGUCCGGCGAGCGUUCAUUCCGCGAGGUCUCAGAGGAGAUGUGGGGGUCAUUGCACGUCCCCUUUGAAGACGGGUUUAAAAUUAUGGAAAAGGAGCUGGAAAUGGAUGAGGGCUUUCGUGAAUUUUACCAGUUCUGCGUCGCUAAUGGCAUUGAGUUCAACGUGAUCAGUGCAGGGCUUAAACCCAUCUUGCGCAGAGUGCUGGCCGGUUUUCUGGGGAAGGAAGAGGCUUCGCGAAUCGGGAUCGUUGCCAACGACGCAGAAAUCGAGCCCGAUGGCUCCGAAUGGAAGCCCGUAUGGCGGGACAACACCGAGCUCGGCCAUGACAAGGCGCUGUCCGUCAAGGAGGGUCGCGCGAAUGCGGCAGCUGAAGACGAGAAUGGAGAGAUCCCCCUUAUCAUCUUCAUCGGCGACGGUGUAUCUGACCUGCCGGCUGCGCGGGAAGCAGACGUGCUCUUUGCCCGGAAGGGGCUGCGCUUGGAACAAUACUGCAUCGAGAACAAAAUCCCCUUUACUGGAUUUGACUCCUUUUCCGAGAUCAAGAAGGAAGUUGAAGCCAUCAUGCAGGAGGAUCAGGACAAGACUGGCGGAGUGGGCACGCCCGCUCGCUUCAAUCCGCGGGCCAAUAUGUGGCGACGUGUCUCGAGCAGGCAAGCUGUCCCGAAAUUCGUCGCAGCCACGCCGUCGAAGGAAGAGAAGAUGUUUUUGUGGCCGGAGUUUUCAGAAUAUCGACCUCGAAACCAGGAGAAUCCUUCGUCGUAGUGUGGCGCAGUGGACUGGCGUUCCGUGGGUUGGAUAGAGACAAUGUGAAUAGAUAUAUGAAUAAACUAGAUCUAGACCGCAGCGACAUCAGUAGAAUACGAACUAGAAGCUGGAUAUACCAGUAUCCAUGUAGUUACAGAUACUGGAGACCGGCCUGGAGCGAUGUAUGGCAACUCAUGGACUUGCCGUCACCUUGGGAAUGGCCCGCGACGGCCGGUCAGCGUUACCAGUGUCCCUAAGCUGCAUCUCGAAGCCUGCCCAGCUACUAUCCUCGGAGUCCUAUUGUGGAAAUGCUUUC